UGUGAUGGCAGUUCAAGGUUUAUGGAUUCUUUUCUGGCUUAUCUGUGAUGUUUGACAAAGCAUUUGCCAUUUCUUUUUAAGAUGAGGUGUGUCUUGAGUGUAACAACCAUGAACAACAGUUGAUUUGUAUGAAAAGUUUGAAUACUUCCAAUGAAGAAGCUUGUUGCCUUUUGUAAAUAUUUCUCGUCGCUGACCACAUCAAAUGCCAUAUUAUUCCGACAUUUGCGGGCGCCAACUCUCUCUCUCUCUCUCUCUCUCUCUCUCUCAAGUUGAACUUGCCUAAUCUUCCUUGAUCGCAUCGAUUCGUGUCUUUCUUAUGCACUAUAUGGCCAUUAGUGGGUCAAAUAUGCUCAUCUGGGACCAGUGAACCCCGAGAAAGCAGCGGCGACGGACGGCCAUUCCCGGGGGAGCCCUUUGUCGCCCUUGGCGCGACCGCCUCUGCCUCUCCUCCGGAACUCCUGACCUCGAUGGUACCUUUUGGGUCAUCGGGGCGUUGGUAAUAAAGAACGCCGACGCGCCCGACCAUCGGCUUCCCCUUCCGCAACUUGAUGUCUCAGAGCGUCGCCCACCGAAAGCCCGUCCUCUUCGCAAUUCCAUUGAGGGGGCCGAGGGCGUUUCUUGGUACCCUUCGCUCUCCCGGCUCCUCGUCCAAUGAAGACCGGCCACCAGACCAGCAAAGCAGCCCGUUCAACAAGCAACCAACUAGCAAAAGGAUGAUCAUGGAAAGGAAUUUGACACUUCUCAGGCUGGGAGCUUCUACCAUCUUUAUUUCAAGGAUGAACAACCUUCCUGCUAUACAUGAACCCACUCCUGCAGACUUCUCUGGAAAUUCAAUGCCACUGUGCUUGAUGCCAUCUUAAACUGCACUCCUUUUGUUGACAGUUCUAACACGGUAUGAUUAUCAGACUGGGAGCUUCCACCAACUUCAUCUCAAGGAUGAACAACUUCUCUGCUGUAGGUGAACUCACUGUUGCUGAUUAGUUCUUUAUAAGCUGGUCUUGGUCUUCAGAACAGCACGGAGCAGUGAAGCCAGAUCCAGAGGUCAUCAAAUGGGCCAUCCCAGGGAGGAUUCAGUGAACCCAUCUACUACAGUGCAUUUUGCACAGGAUUAUGGAGACUCUCCUUUGGAAAGAGCAAGAUCAAACAAAAAUUACACCAUUAUUGACCAACAGACUGCAGCAAUGCAUGUUUUGCCUACAUGAAAUUGAAUUAUGUAGACUUAUGUGAGUUCUGUUAUUGAGUACAUCCUUGUCCUUUUCAGGAUCAAAGUUUCGGGUGCCUUGCCACUGUGACUGACACCAUCAGGAGCUUACGGACUCGCGUCUUUGUCUCCCACCGAGAUUUGAGUGAGAGAUUGGUAUCUCAAAAUUAACAUGGAUCAUAGUCAUGCCAUCUACUAAUGGAGGUACAUUUACGAUCCAUGAGCCAGCCAACUCCAUUGAACGGUUCCUUGUCGCUUGUGUAGGACAAGCUUCACUCAUAACCUCUAUGAUUUAGUGAUGCAAAGAUGACAAAUGCUACUAGAGAAGAAGCUGCAUGUCCUCUUGAGCAAGACAGCCACCCACCAACCCAAGUGUUUUUAUGGUGGGAUAAUUCAGUGCAUCAUCUAAUGAUGUCACAUUUAGUCCCAUGUAAGUAAUAGCCAAAAAUCAUUCAUCUUGUUGAGAUAAUUAGAAGAUCUUGUUGAGAUAAUUAGAAGAUCUAUGGUUGUAAGGACGAUUUUUUCAUGGAUCAUAUGUUCCUCUUUAAUUUGAAAUGAUUGCAUCCUUGAAUUGA